CGCCCGGCCGGCAGCGCGGGGGUUAAGUGGCCCAAGUAAACGUAGCGCGGCGAUCGGCGCCGGAGAUUCGCGAGCCAAGCGCCUUGCGCGGCCGCCCGCCGGCCUCUCGCCAGCCUGUCCGGACCCGCGGCUCGACCGCGGAGCCGCGCGCGAGCCAGGCUGUCGGCAGGAAACAAUGAAGGGAGACACAAGACAGCUCAACGGAGAGGAGGAUGCCAGCAGGAGGGAAGACUCCAUCAUCACCAACGGGGCUUGCAGUGACCAGUCCUCCUACUCCAAGGACGCCCCUUCGCCCCCGAUCCUGGAGGCUAUCGGCACCCCGGAGAUCAGAGGCCGCAGAUCAAGCUCACGACUAUCCAAGAGAGAGGUCUCCAGCCUGCUAAGUUAUACUCAGGAUCUGACAGGUGAUGGAGAUGACGUGGAAGACGGAGAUGGCGCUGACAUACCAGUGAUGCCAAAACUCUUCCGUGAAACCAGGACUCGUUCUGAAAGCCCAGCUGUACGAACUCGAAAUAGCAACAGUGCUUCCAGGCGGGAGAGGCACAGGCCCUCCCUGCGUUCCGCCCGAGGCCGGCAGGGCCGAAAUCACGUGGACGAGUCCCCAGUGGAGUUCCCAGCUACCAGGUCCCUGAGGCGGAGGGCAACAUCAUCAGCAGGGUCACCAUGGCCAUCCCCGGCCAGCCCCUACCUCACCAUCGACCUCACAGAUGAUGACGUGACGCCCCAGAGCAGCAGCACCCCGUAUGACAGCCUAAUCCAGGACAGCCAGCUUGAGAACUUGGAGUCAUCACAGUUGGAUGCAGAGGGUAGAGAAGCAGAUGGCACUGAGUAUCAGGAUGGAAAGGAGUUUGGAAUAGGGGACCUUGUGUGGGGAAAGAUCAAGGGCUUCUCCUGGUGGCCCGCCAUGGUGGUGUCCUGGAAGGUCACCUCCAAGCGCCAGGCCAUGGCUGGCAUGCGCUGGGUCCAGUGGUUUGGCGAUGGCAAAUUCUCAGAGGUCUCUGCAGACAAGCUGGUGGCCCUGGGGCUGUUCAGCCAACACUUUAACCUGGCCACCUUCAAUAAGCUGGUCUCUUACAGGAAGGCCAUGUACCAUGCCCUGGAGAAAGCCAGGGUGCGAGCAGGCAAGACCUUCCCCAGCAGCCCCGGAGACUCCUUGGAGGACCAACUGAAGCCCAUGUUGGAGUGGGCCCAUGGGGGCUUCAAGCCCACUGGGGUUGAGGGCCUCAAACCCAACAGCAAGCAACCAGAGAACAAGAUGCGAAGGCGCACAGCUGAUGACUCCACCACCUCAGACUACUGCCCCCCAACCAAGCGCCUCAAGACAAAUUGCUAUAACAACGGCAAAGACCGUGGGGAGGAAGACCAGAGUCGAGAGCAAAUGGCUUUGGAUGUUACCAACAACAAGAGCUGUCUGGAAGAUAGCUGUUUGUCCUGUGGUAGGAAAAACCCAGUCUCUUUCCACCCUCUCUUUGAGGGUGGGCUCUGUCAGACAUGCCGGGAUCGGUUCCUUGAGCUGUUCUACAUGUACGACGACGAUGGCUAUCAGUCCUACUGCACUGUGUGCUGUGAGGGCCGCGAGCUGCUGCUCUGCAGCAAUGCAAGUUGCAGCCGGUGUUUCUGUGUAGAGUGCCUGGAGGUGCUGGUGGGCACAGGCACGGCGGCAGACGCCAAGCUGCAGGAGCCCUGGAGCUGCUACAUGUGCCAGCCGCAGCGCUGUCAUGGUGUCCUGUGGCGCCGGAAGGACUGGAACGUGCGCCUGCAGGCCUUCUUCACCAGCGACACUGGGCUUGAAUAUGAAGCCCCCAAGUUAUACCCGGCGAUUCCUGCAGCCCGAAGGCGGCCCAUUCGUGUACUGUCUCUGUUUGAUGGAAUUGCAACAGGAUACUUGGUCCUCAAGGAGUUAGGCAUCAAAGUGGAGAAGUAUGUAGCCUCUGAAGUGUGUGAAGAGUCCAUUGCUGUUGGAACCGUUAAGCAUGAGGGGAAUAUCAAAUACGUGAAUGAUGUCAGGAACAUCACAAAAAGAAAUAUUGAGGAAUGGGGACCAUUUGACUUGGUGAUCGGUGGAAGCCCAUGCAAUGAUCUCUCAAAUGUGAACCCUGCCCGGAAAGGCCUGUACGAGGGCACAGGCCGACUCUUCUUUGAGUUCUACCACCUGCUGAAUUACACACGCCCCAAGGAAGGGGAUGACCGGCCCUUCUUCUGGAUGUUUGAGAAUGUCGUAGCCAUGAAGGUCGGUGACAAGAGGGAUAUCUCGCGAUUCUUGGAGUGUAACCCAGUGAUGAUCGAUGCCAUCAAAGUGUCUGCUGCUCACAGAGCCCGAUACUUCUGGGGUAAUCUGCCAGGAAUGAACAGGCCUGUGAUAGCAUCAAAGAAUGAUAAACUCGAGCUGCAGGACUGCUUGGAGUUCAAUAGGACAGCAAAGUUAAAGAAAGUACAGACAAUAACCACCAAGUCGAACUCGAUCAGACAGGGGAAAAACCAACUUUUCCCUGUUGUCAUGAAUGGCAAAGAAGAUGUUUUAUGGUGCACUGAGCUAGAAAGGAUCUUCGGCUUCCCCGUACACUACACGGAUGUGUCCAACAUGGGCCGCGGUGCCCGCCAGAAGCUGCUCGGGAGGUCCUGGAGCGUGCCUGUCAUCAGACAUCUCUUCGCCCCCCUGAAGGACUACUUUGCCUGUGAAUAG